AUGGCUGGAUCCCCUGUUCAACACUGGAAUCUAGGAAUCGGACCAAUAACAUGCCAUGCAUGGAACAAGGAUAGAACUCAAAUUGCCGUGUCCGCUUCAAGCAGUGAGUUCUACAUUUUUGAAUGGAAAAAUGGUGAUUGGGUCAACAUUCACACACUCACUGAACAUGAUUUACCUGUAACAGGAUUGGAUUGGGCACCAAAUACUAACAGAAUUGUAUCCUGCUCGCAAGAUAAAAAUGCUUUUGUUUGGACAUUCGACAAGGGACACUGGAAGCCAGAGCUUGUAUUAGUUAGAUUCCAAAGAGCUGCAACUUGCGUGAAGUGGUCACCAUUAGAAAAUAAAUUUGCCGUAGGAAGCGGAUCAAAACUUGUUUCAAUUUGUUAUUAUGAAAAAGAGAAUGACUGGUGGGUAUCGAAACAAAUCAAGAAAUCCAUCAGAUCGACAGUGUUAUGUAUUGAUUGGCACCCUAAUAACGUUUUAUUAGCUGUUGGUGCUUGUGAUUUCAAGACCAGAGUUUUUUCUGCUUGGAUAAAAGAAGUUGAUGAGAAGCCAGCUCCAAAUCCUUGGGGAUCAAAGAUGCCUUUUGGACAACUGAUGGUUGAGUACUCGUGUGGUGGAUGGGUACACAAUGUUGCUUUCUCUGCUUCUGGUUGUCGUCUAGCUUGGGUAGGACACGACUCUUCUAUUACUUUCGUUGAUGCAAAUCAGGACAGUGUCGUUGCUCGUCCCUUACGUACAGCUCAUCUUCCAUUCACUUCUGUCUUUUGGGUAACUGAAAAUAGUUUAGUGGCCGCAGGCCAUGAUUGUUCUCCUAUCUUGUACACAACAUCGAACAAUACACUGAAAGAAGUCUGUAAGCUGGAUGUCCCAAGUGAAAAGAAAGCUUCCACUGUGAGCAGUGCUCUUCAAAUGUUCAAAAACAUUGAUAGAAAUGCGAGUUCCGAUAAAGUUGAUGUUCAGCUGAAAACUCUACAUCAAAACAUGAUUUGUCAGAUUCUUCUUCAUUCCGGAAACCCUUCGAAUGUGCUUAAGUUUACAACUUGCGCAACAGAUGGUCUCAUUGCUCUUUGGGAUUUGAAGGAUACAAUAGAGUUUGUGCGGAACAACAUGGCUGCUGCUCACUAA